AUGUCAAAUGAAAAUAUCGAACGUCAUCUAUCUGUCGUACUUAUUUCUGAUGAAGAAGACAAUAAGAAUAAUGUUCAAUUAAUAGAUGUUCAAUGUCAAACAUCAACGGCACCAUUCAAAAUACAAGAUCAAAGUGUAACAACAGAUCAAGCUAAUAAUAUACAUUCAAUAGUAUCAAAAACUACACCACAACGGGCACUUAAAAAAAAGCGAGCAACAUGUCAAUCUACAACAAGCAAAAAUAAUCAAGAAAUACAAUUGAUCGAUUUAGCAACACCAAAAAAAGCAUCAUCCUUUACUAUUCAAUCUGUUUAUAUACCAAUAACAAUUUCUGCAUACAAUCGGCGUCGUGUAUCAAUUUUACCAACAUUUCCAUCGGUCAUUUUUAAUGAUAAUCCACAAUUGUUAUUAGCUAAUGUUCCAGCUUUUGAAUUAUCUGCCGAACAAUUAGCUAGUCGUCAAGAAGGAAGAUACAAAUGUUCCUUUGUAAUUACAAAUCCUGAUCCAACAACACCAUCAAUAAUGAUAAAAUUUUAUAAUAAAAUGUUCGGUACAAUUCACCAACGUUUUAAACUUGAUCUAUCAAUAUUAGAUCACAAUUUUGCGCGAUUACAAGAAUAUCUUAUGUUAUUUCGUACAACACGAACUCGUAUAUUACCAGGUAAUAAAAGUACCGAAGAUUUAGUGGAAUUAAGUGAAGAUGAAUUGCCACAAUUAUUGGAAUUUUAUUUACAAAUCGAUGUCGAUUUAUUUUAUAUGAAAACGUGUUCGUUCCGUGGAGCACAACCAAGAUUCGAAGCUGAAGGAAUAUUUUCCAUGAAACCAACUGACUGUUUAUAUACAAUGUGA